AUGAACACCAGCUUCUUGGUUCUGGCUGUUUGUUCUGCGGUAUUUUUCACUGGGCUGCAGUGCACCUUGCAGAGGACCACAGCAGAGGCGACGCAUGACUUCACGGCCGUUAACGUUGAUGCGAGCAACACCGUGGAAAAUGGGGGUAAACGAGACUUAAAUCAGACAAUGAACUCUCGGUUGAAGAGGAAAACCCUGGCUGUGGAUUUUGCGGUUCCUUCUUUGCUGCGCUUUUACCUCUCGGAGUUUAUUAAAAGACCCUUAAACGGGGACUGUCAGACUUUGAGAGAAUGUUACACAGUGAGUGCAAACUUAAAAAUGCACUGCAUACCUUUACAGAAAACCAUUUCCACCUUUGUCGACCAAAGGUCUGCUAUAUCUGCAAGAGGUAACACAUCUUUUGAUGGAGAGCUCCCUUUCUUUUCCAAGCGACCUCUGUCCAAAGUUCUGAAAUUUGGUUUAACCAAAGCAAGUCGCAAAUCAAAUCAGGUGGUGGUGGAAAUAGGAGAGGAUAUAAUCAGAACGGGAUGUGGUGGGUUGUCUGUUUAUGAGGAGGCACCUGUGCUCACCCUGGAAAUGGACCUCACAACAAUUCUGGAGUGGUGGCUCAGUGCAGAUGGGGGCCGACUGAGAGUUAGGCUCAUGCCUGAAAAAAAGGCACAGGUUCCUGGGAUAGAAGACCGCUACACUGCAGCCAUACGUGCAGCAGACCCCCGUCUGUUUCUCCAGAUUUUCUCACGGGGUGAGUCUUUACAUACAUAUUCUCCAACUGGCAUUCCUCAAGGGUACUGGAGUUUUUCCUGGGUUGCUGAGGAUGAUCUUAGCUUUCCCAACUACUGGAUGCCCAUGUCAGAUCCCCUGUGCGACGGAGGCAAAAUGUGUGACCAGAAUAUAGGUGGUGCCCCUGAGUUUACAUGGAUCAUCGUGGCUACUGGGGAUACAAAAGAAGAGCACAACCAAAAGACCACACAGAAGGCUGGAAGUCCCCAAGGGUGGGAGGAAGGUAAGAUUGAAGGUCAGUUCUUUUGGGUGAACGGUACCUCCUUUGGGGGGCCCUGGGUGCUGAGUCCUUGGUUGCGGAGUGGACCAAAUCCUUGCAGCAUCGACAUGGCCCUGUAUUUGAAUCCCAAGCAAAGUGGACAAUACACGAUAUGGCUCAUUGAGCGGGAUAAGACACAACUUGCUCUCUUCUCAACUGACACACUACCUCAGAUCACAGGCUGGGCUGUGGCUCACCUCACUUUGAGGACCCAUGGGGGAUCACCUUUCCGGAUCUCAGCUAGCUAUGACCAGCGGACACUUGAUGACAUGGCUAUGAUUGAGCCCAACUUCACCACAAACUGCACCAUGGCUUCCUCAGCAGGCCCUACCAUCACACUUGAGGGCAAAUACCAUUGCCAUGAAGGACGUGCAAUCCCACUGGACAAACUAUGCGACUUCAGAAAAGACUGUCCACUUGGAGAUGAUGAGGGAGAGCAAUGUCGCCGCUUCCUCAAUGGCAGCUACUGCUCUUUUGAAGAGGACGAGUGCGGUUGGCUGUCAGUAAUGGGUGUCCCCUGGAGAAGACUCCAGUAUCCGAGCAAGGCUACUAGAAAGGCUUGCCCAUCCACAGGUGCAACACUCAGUGUGGAGGGGAGCCAGUUAAAAGGCCAACGUCACUCAGCAUCACUCAGGAGUCCUCUUUUUCCGCCUCCUUUAAGAAAUUCCCCAUGCAUGGUGCGGUUCUGGAUGUGUUCUGGAGGUGCACAGAAGGGGUCGCUUUCUUUGUGGAUAGCAGAGAACAGCACGGGCCCUAAGGACCAGCGCCAACUGUGGCACUCAGCCAGUGAACCUACGUCUAAGAACGGCUGGAACCUCAUCACAGUUCCACUUUAUGGGCUGGCUGACUGGUUCUGGCUUAUUUUUAACUCAGAAGAUGGACCGGGAUUUGGGCAUGGGUCCGUUAUGACCCUUGACAACAUCUCCUUCAGUAUGAACUGCUUCUUGGCUUCAAAUGGAGAGUUUCCACCGGUGCACAGAAGCGCAACGAGGUUGCCUAUCAGACCGCUGAUCACUCCCACAACCCCAUCCAUUGGGAUUCCUCUGAUGAACUUCCCUACUACAGAUUACUCUCAUAAAUGGAUUUUUAACACCUGCGGUGCUGGCGGCCCAGAAGGUCCAACUCCCUCCCAGUGCUUCAAUUCCUAUAAGAGCAGCAAAAUGAAUGUGACCGUGGGGACCCGGGGGUCCUUUAAAGGCAUUCAAAUGUGGCAGGUCCCUGAGACUGGCACAUACAGGAUCACAGCCUUUGGUGCAGCAGGCGGCCGAAGCGUUAUGGCCAUGAGUAGAUCACAUGGCAUCUACAUCGCUGGUGACUUUCUGCUGAGGAAAGGAGAGCUGCUUUAUAUCCUGGUUGGUCAAAAAGGAGAAGAUGCAUGUCCCAAUUCCAAUGCUGUGCUGAAUAAGAUCUGCUUGGAACAGACUGGCCCAAUGCUGAAUAAGACUCAAGUGAAAGGUGGAGGUGGAGGAGGGGGUGGUGCUACCUAUGUAUUCAAGGUGCUUAAUGGGAUUCACAUCCCCCUCAUCAUUGCUGGUGGGGGAGGGGGCCGAGGCUACAGCAGCCAAUCAGACAGCCAGCUCGAACAGAUGGACUAUGACCUCAGCCAACCAGGUCGCAACGGCAAGUCAAAUGCUGCUGGUGGGGGUGGAGGAUGGAAUGCAACUGCUCCUGUCAGUCAGGGUGGCAGACCUUUGCUGCUGGGAGGGCAGGGAGGACAGCCCUGUCAGAAGUUCUGGCAGACACGAGGUGGCUUCGGGGGUGGUGGAGGUGGCUGUAUGGCUGGAGGCGGUGGUGGAGGCUACAGAGGUGGUAACACCUCAUUAAAUGAUAAUCCCAAACAUGACGGUGAUGAUGGCACGUCCCUCUUCGGUCCAGCUGGAGAGCCAUACCUAUAUCCUCUGAAAGCAAUUGAAAGCGAUGGGGAAGUGAUCAUCAGUCCAGUUCGGAACUGCAGUCACUGUGAAAGCGGUGAAUGUCAAGACAUGAAAGGAGACAUCUGCUACUGUGAUGAUGACCUCAUCCUGGCAGGAGAUGGCAUAUCCUGUAUUAACUCCACAGAGGUGAGCCUGCUGCCUGCACAGCCGUCUCUCUCCCACCUGGCGCUAGGUCUUUCUGUCGGGACCUCGGCCCUUAUCGCUGCCCUGCUGCUGGCUGUCUCGGGAGUCAUGAUAAUGUACAGACGUAAACACACAGAGCUGCAGUCAAUUCAGCUGGAGCUCCAGAGUCCAGACUGCAAGCUCAGUAAACUACGGGCAUCUACCAUCAUGACUGACUAUAAUCCAAACUACUGCUUUGCUGGCAAGACGGCGUCAGUAAACGACCUUAAGGAAGUGCCACGACGCAACAUCUCCCUCACCAGGGGCCUUGGUCAUGGCGCGUUUGGUGAAGUAUAUGAGGGACUGGUAGUGGGGAUACCAGGCGAACCGAGUCCGCUCCAUGUGGCAGUUAAGACCCUUCCCGAGGUUUGCUCUGAACAAGAUGAACUGGACUUCCUUAUGGAGGCUCUAAUUAUCAGUAAGUUCAGCCACCAGAACAUUGUGUGCUGUGUUGGGGUCAGUCUGCAAGCAAUGCCCAGGUUCAUACUGCUGGAACUGAUGACCGGAGGAGACCUCAAGACCUUCCUCAGGGAGAUGAGACCCAGAUUGGAGCAGCCGUCCAGCCUGACCAUGGUUGACCUUCUCAAUGUAGCGAGAGACAUCGCCAAGGGCUGCCAGUAUCUGGAAGAGAAUCAAUUUAUCCACAGGGAUAUUGCAGCUCGUAAUUGCCUGCUGACUUGCAAAGGACCAGGUCGCGUGGCCAAGAUUGGAGAUUUUGGAAUGGCUCGGGAUAUUUAUAGAGCAAGUUAUUACAGGAAAGGUGGCCGUGCUAUGCUCCCAGUAAAGUGGAUGCCACCUGAAGCUUUCAUGGAGGGCAUCUUCACAUCAAAAACAGACACAUGGUCAUUUGGGGUUCUGCUAUGGGAAAUCUUCUCACUAGGCUACAUGCCUUAUCCAAGUCGCAGUAAUCAAGAAGUACUGGACUUUGUAACCAACGGUGGAAGAAUGGACCCACCCAAAAAUUGCCCUGGGCCAGUGUACCGUAUAAUGACUCAAAGUUGGCAGCACCAACCAGAGGACAGGCCGAAUUUCUCAACUAUACUGGAGAGAAUUGACUACUGCUUGCAGGACCCUGAUGUAGUGACCAUGCCUUUGCCUAUCGAAUACGGACCAGUUCAGGAAGAAGAGGACUGUGUACCAAUACGCCCAGACAAUCCCUCAGGUGCGACGGUGCUGGUGAAUGCUCAAGUGCCUGAUGGGGAACUUUCUCAGCCAAGUCCAUGCUACCACUCAGAUGAGAGUUAUAGAGGAGCGGAGCAUACAGCCGAGUCCAAAGCACAGACGGCAUCUCAGCCUCAAGCAUACCUCCAUCCGCACCAGCAACCUCACACACACACUACUGUCGUCACCUCCGCAGCAACAUCCACGCUCACUGCCAAGGCACCCUCCCAGCCGGGCCCGGAGGGAGGACACAUCAACCUGGCUUUCACCCAGGGUCAACCAGCAGAGAAGGAGAGUCAGACUGGGAAGAGCACCAGUUUGUGGAACCCUACAUACGGCUCAUGGUUCCUGCAGCAGCUACAGAGGAAGCAGCAGCAGAGGCAAAGGGGGGUUCUGAGUGUGGGAGGCAGUGGGGGCAGAGUGCCUGGGGAAGGGCAAGAACAUGUGGGAAGGACUGUGGCUGAGGUGGCUGGGUCCAUGGGUCUCCAGCAUAAGUUUCAACAUCAGCACCAGCUUCAGAUGCUGCACCAGCAGCAGCAGCAGGGUCUUUGCAGACCGCUGCUAGCACCUCCACCUCCAGCCACCCAGUCUCCACUCCUUUUAGAUUCAGGCACUUUGCCACCAGGUCCCCUCUACAGACUGAGACGUUUCCCCUGCGGGAGUAUCGGAUACGGCUACCAGGAGCAAGGCAUUUCGAUGGAGGCCAAUCCUCCUCCGCUCCCUUCCUCCCAACAGAGUGCAUCAGCAGCCCUCCAGAGGGUCCCCGCGUCAGUGUCUCUUCAUUCAGGAUUAUCAGAGGACAGCCGGCCACUCUUAGUCACCAUGGGGACAGUGCAGGACACCCGUCUGCCCAGAAUGGAAGGUCAUAACGCCACUGUGCUUUAG